AUGAUAGCAGCGCUGGCUCGAUACAUCAGUAGGCCACCGCGGGUCAUUGUAAAGGCCAGAUAUGCGUCCACUUACCUCCAAGGACACCUGCGGUCCAGAGUUUUGCAAAUAUCUCAGCAACGUUGUGGUUGUGACCAUAGUUGUUUCAGCUUCAAAGACGUCUUUGUUCGAGUCACUGUCAUCAAGUCACAUUUCAUAGACGGCCUAACAAUAGCUGUUGGAUGGAUAUAUUUUUCUGCAUGGAGCCUAUCAUUUUAUCCGCAGAUAUAUCUGAACUUCAGAAGAAAAAGGUGGGACAUUCUGCAUUACCAAACUGUAACUUCUGAUCCGGCUGUUUAUAUCAGGGCAGAGUAUGUGAGGGAACAUCCUCGAAGUCCGAUUCCUGUUUUGAUGAACGAUGUGAUCUUUGCACUUCAUGCUCUUACAGCCUGCGUCAUAACUGCAACACAGUGUCUCUUCUAUGAGAGAGAAAAUCAGAGUGUGUCUGUGAUCUGCAAAGUGCUGUCUUCAGUCCUUGUUUUAUUCGCUGCUUUCUCUGCGCUGGCAUCUUUGUUUAAGUUCAUAAGCAUUCUUCAACUUAUCAUGUGUUUUUCGUAUGUAAAAAUGGUCGUCACUCUUUCAAAAUACUUCCCACAGAUGUGCUUCAAUUUUCGACGGAAAAGCACAGUUGGUUGGUCUAUCGGGAACGUACUACUCGACUUUACUGGUGGUUCGAUGGACAUUCUACAAAUGAUGCUCCAAUGUGUGAACGUCAGCAACUGGGUUGCAUUCUAUGGUAAUCCUGUAAAAUUCGGUUUAGGCCUUGUAUCAAUUCUUUUUGAUAUAAUCUUCAUUAUUCAACACUAUGUUUUGUAUAGGGGAAAUUCCGAAGCACCCCAAAAUUCAUCCCAAACAAUUCAUUGGAUUAUAACUUCAGAUGAGCCCAUAUUAGAGGAUGUUUCCAUCUGA